CCAUGCAUGGUUUCCGAAUUAAAAAUGGCUUCAAAUUACAACACAUUGUAUGCAGGAUGGCAUUAACGAAUUUUCUCGGUAGCAAGAACUGCUUUCUUUGGUUGAUAACUGAUGUUGAAAAAUGAAUGACGUUACAUCUGCAUUGUAUAGAAAAAUAACUAAGGAGCAACAUGAUGAGCUAUAUAUUUCCUUAUUUUUCUUUCUUUGUUUUUAAGAGGCUUUGAACUUUGCAGUUCAUUCGCCUCUAUGUAUUUCCUGCUGCUCUGUUCUUAUUUUAAAGGGCUUUAAUCCGAAGGUCAUUCGUCCAUGUAUUUACUGUUGGUUUUUCAGAACGCUUAUAGCUCGUUUAUUUCUCGACAUAUCGUAGAGUUCGUCUCCAAAACCUCAGUUCUUUUUCAUUUUUAUUUACUUUGUUUGCGGAAACUACAAAUCUUACAAUUCAUUCGUCUCCGAAACACGGAAACAGUUUAAGGUACGGUAAUGUGCUCAAUAGUGAAAUAUAUGAUAGUGAAUGAGCUGAUGACCACCUAUGCAUCCCCUAUCACAGCCAUCAUUUUGAUUGUACGAUAUGUGCAUACGCCGAAAGAUGCCCGGCGUUGAACAUUUAAUAAGUACAAAGCCUUCGGAAAAAAAUCAAGAAUUAACUAUAAGACAGCGAGAAAAAAUUGAGAAAGUUUGUAAAAAAAACGCAAAAACACAACACCAAAGGUUCUUUUCAGAAUCCUUUCAUUUCUUUUGUUCAUGAAGAGUAAACAGUAAACUAAUCCAUUUUUCAGGUAGAUAGGUAGGUAUUCACGUAGCAGAAGAAAAUAAAACAAUAUAUUUAAAAUAUAUAUUUAGCAAAAGCUGUCCCCUUUGUAUAGUCCUACGUCACUCCGGUUAUGUCCCCGACAUUACCCACCCGUGUUGUGGUACGAACGAUCAUUAUCGUCUCGCCGUGUUUAUUCAGAAUUUAGCCUCGUGGGAGGUAAAUCCAUAAACAUAGUGAAACAUCUUUUAUGAUCGGUUCGUCUCACAGAAUCAUAUCAUAAGAAUAUCAGGCAUAUAGUACAGACGAUCGUUAUAGCCUCGUCAUGUUUAUUUUAGGAUAUGGCCACAUGGGUGACGAAAUCCAUAAGCAUGACGAGGGUUGUUUUAUGAUCGGCAUUCUCGGCAUCCUAGCGAUAAGAUAAAAAACGAAUAGGCAGGAAAACGGAGUAGAUAGAUAAUAAGGAUUUGUGAACUAGCAAGAAAGGAAAAAAUAAACUAUGUGGCAGUCGCUUACAAAACCUAAGACAGUGCAGUUCAUUAUGAUCCGAAACCCCGUAAUAUUUGGUGUCAGAAGUGGAAACAAAAAUUCGUCGCGAUAAGUUUUCAGUGAAGAAAAAAAAAGUGAAAAACGGACAAUAUUGUUAAAAUAGUGUGUUUUAAUUAGAACAAUAAAUUAAGCAACAGUACGUCGGAUCAUCGGUGCCACAAUAAAUAACCCUAGGACUCAUCACGCAAAUUAUCACCGCACUCAAAAAGGUCGUUAAUGAGGUGGAGGCUUGAGCUCAUGGAAUAUGACUAUGAAAUCUGCUAUAAAGCUGGGAAAACAAAUGAAGUAGCUGAUUGUCUAAGCAGGAUUCCAUAUCCUGAGGUUUCCAAAGAAAGCAUGCCAGAAAUGGUAUUGUAUCGGAUAGAUGCAGGGAUACAUAUUUCUAACAACUCAAAAGUAAACAUAUUACAGGAUAUAUCUGCCACUAUUAAUGUAACAACACGAAGUUCGGUAAAGAACAAAUAUUUGGAGUUCGAAAAGCAAUCCAGAGACCUUAACAAAAUUAUUACAGAAGUAACAGAUGUUCCAGAAGAUUUUCUAGUUAUUCAGAUUGAUCAAGUUAAAAAUGCUUUGAAGAAUGUAAAUGUGAAAGAUAUGCUUAUUAAUAACUUUAUCAAUGUCACAGUAGAUAAAAAUUUUCAAAAUCACCCGGAAAAACUUAAGAAAUUUGAAGAUAUCGUAGAAGUAUGUUCGAAACUCAAAAAAUUCAACAUUUGUAUCAAAAUUAAUAAGCAAAAUGUUUUAAACCAUUCGUUGAUAAUAAAUCAGUUGAAAUUCGUUUUUCAAGGUACGCGUUUUGUAUUAGUAUUAAUGAAAGAAACAGAGCAAAACAACUGUUAUGAGAAUAGGCCUGAAUCACAGCCUAAUGAACAUAAACGUAGUGAUAUAACAGAACAGUUAGAAAUCAGCAAAGGGUUUGAAGAUCGUUUAGAUAAUCUAAAUCAAUCACCGUUACAAAAUGAAUUAGACCUUUAUAAUUUACUGCGCGAAAAGAACUACGAGAAUUUCAUCAAAUUCAAAAAUAACUAUGAUAUUAACUCAUUGAGAUCACAAGUAUUUGAUACAUUGGAAUCGAUUGAACAUGCUUCUAAUAAUAUUUUGAAAGUAUAUUUUGAUCGUAAGGAAGAGAUUCAAUGCUUUGAUUCAUGUGAGAAUUUUAAAUUCACUAUUAAAAACUCCAAUAUAUAUAUUUUAAUAAGAAAAUCUUAUCAGUUGUUGAUGAGUGAAAUUUUCAAAAUUCUAAUGGAAAUCCAAUCGUUUUGUUUGAAAAAUCAUUUUAAAAAGUGUGCGAUCGCAAACGUCUCAACGAAUUCAAUUAAUCAUUCUUCUUUACUAUCGAAAUUAAUGGUAAAAUAUAUUUUUGCAAAUUGCCCAAUUAUACAUCAAGGAAUCUUGCAAUGGUUAACAAAGGAUGAAGAAAUACAAAAGGUUCUGAUUAUCAUAAAUCUUUAGUUGGCGCCCAUAUAGGUGUAAACAGAAUGUUAAAAAGAAUUCAAUAUCAAUAUAGAUGGCGGAGCAUGAAGCAAGAUAUUAAGCAAUUUGUCAAAGAUUGUACUGAAUGUGCUCGCAGUAAAAUCAAGAAAAAAACUCGUAUGCCGAUGGCAAUAACUACAACAUCUGAAAGAACUUUUCAGAAAUUAUACAUGGAUGUUGUAGGACCAAUGCCAGUUACAGAACAAGGUAACAAGUAUAUUCUCACAAUGCAGGAUGAUCUGAGCAAAUUCGUAUGUGCUAUUCCAAUCCCAGAUCAAGAAGCGGAAACAAUUGCAAAGGUAUUUAGUGAAAAGUAUAUAUGUGUGUUUGGUACGCCAAAAUCUUUGGUAACUGAUAACGGCUCUAAUUUUAUGGGAAAGUUAUUUAAGAACUUGUGUAAAAUGUUUCGUAUUAAAAAAAUUAAUAUUAGUGCAUAUCAUCCAGAAUCCAAUGGAGCGUUGGAACGCUGCCAUCGUACUUUCAAAUAAUUUUUAAGGGCAGAAAUUGAACAUAAUGUUAAAGAUUAGGAUUUGUUAAUUCCGUUUGGUUGUUUUGCAUAUAAUACAACACCACAUUCAAGUACAAAAUUUACUCCAUAUGAAUUAGUUUUCGGUCAAUUAUGUACAUUCCACAAAAUUUAUACAAGGAACCCGAUAUUUUGUAUAAUUAUGAUGAUUAUAUUUUGAAUUUGAAGCACACACUCCAACAGACUCAAAGCAGUGCUCGAAAAAAUUUGCUAAAGAAUAAAGAGAUUUCAAAAAUUUAUUACGAUAGAAAAUCAAAUCCAAUCGUUUUGAACGUAGGUGACAGUGUAUUUUUGGAAAAUGUUGCUACAGGCAUAGGUCAGAAAUUACAGCCACUUAGGAAAGGUCCUUAUGAAGUUAUAAACAUUAAUUCUGCCGAAACGACAACAAUAUUAAUUAAAGGAAAGGAACAAAGAGUUCAUAGAAAUAGAUUGUUUAAAUUAUGAAGUUAAUCCUGUUUUCUUUUUUUUUACAUUUUAGCAAAUCCUGUAUAUCCAUCUACCAUUUCAGCGAUGACCAUGUUUGGUCUCAUAAUAUUACUACCAAUAGUUUUAGGACUGGAAUAUGUGCUGACGGCUUUGGACAAUUCUGGAUUCGCCAUGGAAAGAAUACCAAAGGUUCUUUACACCAAGCAAGCUGUUGAAAUCGCGACAUAUGUAAAUCUAACGGAGAUCAAGAUAGAUUUGUCCAUCCUGGAUAAAAUUAUCAACGUCUCAGGAGAAGCAUGUCUGAAGCUCAAAGUUUUGAAGCUACAAACGCAUUGCGAAUUUGAAAUGGCAAGUAUACGGCAUCGUCAAGAGGAAAUGAUGGGUUUCGAGUUUUUGUUCAAGGAAAAAGAAAGAAACAAGAGAAGUGUACCUCUGUUAGGUAUACUUGGGAAAGUAGCGAAGACUUUAAUUGGUACUGAAGAAAAUUUCAAACGUGUAAAGAAAAAUGAAGAUAUGUUGGUCAGUACAGUACAAAAACAAACUAUGGUAUUAAAUUCAUUGUUUGAGAUUAUUAAUAAAACAACUAUUCCUAGUAUAGAAAUGUUCGAUAAAUUUCAAGAAAAGUUUAAGGAUUUUUCAACAUAUGUUACGAAUUAUCAUCAUAAUACAGACAACCAAAUUUUAAGAAUGUAUAGCGAAUUAGGUUUUCGAGAAUGUAUCUCAUUAACAAAUUUACUGUGUACAACAAUUCAAGGGAAAAUUAAUCAAAUUACCAAUUUACUUGUUAGCGAACGAGAAAAUCUUCAUCCAUUUUUGAUUCCGUCAGAUGUUUUGAUUGAAAAGUUAAUGAAAGUAUCUGCUGUAUUACCAAAAGGCUCCAGAUUCCCACUUCGUUUAGAUUCCUCUAAUAUUUUUGAAUAUUAUCGCAUGUCAACGGAAUCUAGAUAUAGAUUCAAAGAAUUUCUUAUUUUUGUCGCCCACAUCCCAACGGUACAUGAUACAAUUUUCCAUACAUUUAAAUUGACUGCUAUUCCUGUUCGACUAAUCGAUAAUAAAUUCACAGUUUUCAAAUUUGAAAAAGAAAUUUUAGUAACUGAUAACGAAAUGAAGAAAUACACAAGUCUUCCUAGUAGGACAUUGGAUUUUUGUGAACAUCUGAAUGAUAUUAUAUUGUGUCCGCAUUUAUUUAGUAUGAAUAGUAAGCCAUCCUGUGAAUUAUCACUCUUGAAACAAUCGGGAGAAUCUGAAAAACUAUGUAAAAAAACAGUGUUGCAGCUUGAGGGAUCACUUUUCAUUAAAUUAUAUAUGUUAAAUACUUGGGUGAUUGUAGCUCCGUCUUUGGAGAUAUCACAUUUAAUUUGUAAAGACAAAAAUCAACCAAUGAAACUGGCAAACACUGCCAUGAUAACAAUCAAUGCGGAUUGCAAAUUAAUUACAGAUCAUGUAUAUUUAACCCCAGAGAUAACAGUUAGAUCAAAUGUUGAUGUAAUGCAUCAGUGGAUGCUAAAUUUCACCGAGAUUGAUUUUAAUUUUACGAGAGUGUUGAAUUCUUCAGAUUUUAAAAUACCUGUUGUCAAAAGUACUGUAAUUCAUUCAUACGAAAACAAUAAAUUGGCUAAUAUAGGUAAACAUAUCCAGCAAUUAGAGGAUGAAAAAAUUAUUCUAGAGAAAAUUGAAAGUAGAAACACUGAAUAUCAAAUUAUCAAAAUAGGUUUUGGAGUUAUUUUGCUCGGAAUGAUUUCUUAUAUAUUCGUAAAAAUAUAUUUCAUGUGUUGUAAAGUAACAAAAAAAACCAAGAAAACUUAGAUGAAGCAGAUAAUAAGAAAAAUAUGGAGCUUGUUCCUUUCAGAAAUUCUCCAAUAAUACUGUAAACGAUUAUUUACAAAAUACUAAAUAUAUAUAUAUAUAUAUAUAUAUAUAUAUAUACUUUAAAAAUAAAUAAAUAAAUGAAUGAUGUAAGUAAAUUAAUUGUUUACUCCGAGAGGCGAUCUAUCAAGGACAACCCCAAGGCGAGAGGAAUACGAGGACCAUGGACCAAAGGGGGUGGAAAGACGACGAAGUCUGUUUUGUGCCGUAUGUUAUCAAUUGGCUUUCAUUGUUAUCACCAGCAGUGAAUUCGGAAAUUACUAGUUUCCUGACAACAGUUCAGCAGUUUAUGUUGUUGCUCUUGUUUCCACAACGAUUUGAAGUCGACAAGCAUCUGUCGAAUGUGAUUCGCAUCAGUACGCUAGAAUUUGCUACGCUAACAUCAACCUGAAUUGGUUAUUAACCCCUUGCCGUGCGAUUUGAUUGCCAACAACACGGCCCAAACACGAGAACAUCGAAUCGUUUCCUCUAUUCUGCUGCUAAUUUUUGUUUCGUAUCGAUCAAAGCAGUCCCACGAACAUCAUACGUCUGAAGCUAUGUAUCCAUUUCACAUCGAUACACCACGAGUGAGGGUUGAUGUUGUACGUGAAGUUAAAUGCUGGAUCUGACUCCAAGCCACCAAAGCAUACAAACGCUUCCUUUAUGGUUAAUUCAUCAUCAACAUCAUCAUCAUUACAUAAACCAUUAAGACAUGGAUCAAAUAAUAACAGAAAACUGCUGCAACAAAGAAACUAACAUGCUAUCCAUGCAAACGACGAGCUCAAAUAUAAUAUGCUCGAAUCAUUGAAAAAUGUCCAAUCCAUAUAAGAAAUGGAAACGAACGUUGAUACUUGGACAGAACACAAGAUGCAUGGAAGAUCAGAACCAGGAAGUUCACAGUAGAUGAUUUCUUCGUAAAACAGAGUAAUUAACAACGAUGAUGCAUUUAAGAGGUACGAAUAUACAGAGCUAGACUGGAUCAAUGGAACAACGAUUUGCUGUACAAAUUGAGCGAAUAGCCAGCACAACAACAACAACAACAACAACAACAGCUAUCAAUGCAGUUGACUAUUAUCAUGAAUAACAAGAAGUGCAGAUAACACGAAUAACGAAAAAUUGCGAGAUGCCGAAUCUAUGAUCGAAAACAAGAAAAAAAAUCCAGAUAAAGUCAAGGAGUAAAUGAACGAAUGAAUUUAUUAAUCGUAAGAAAACAGCAAAAGAUAAAAAUAAUAUUGUGCACCACUAUUUUCCAAGCAUACAUUCUCUUUUCCGUAGGGGAUAGUGAUGUUGUGGUACGAACGAUCAUUAUCGUCUCGCCGUGUUUAUUCAGAAUUUAGCCUCGUGGGAGGUAAAUCCAUAAACAUAGUGAAACAUCUUUUAUGAUCGGUUCGUCUCACAGAAUCAUAUAAGAAUAUCAGGCAUAUAGUACAGACGAUCGUUAUAGCCUCGUCAUGUUUAUUUUAGGAUAUGGCCACAUGGGUGACGAAAUCCAGGGUUGUUUUAUGAUCGGCAUUCUCGGCAUCCUAGCGAUAAGAUAAAAAACGAAUAGGCAGGAAAACGGAGUAGAUAGAUAAUAAGGAUUUGUGAACUAGCAAGAAAGGAAAAAAUAAACUAUGUGGCAGUCGCUUAC